AGUUGUUAUUAUAUUUUUUGUUCAUUCAUAUUGAUAUAAUCAAAAGCUUUUCUAAAAUUGCUAUUUGUGGUCGCAUAAAAGUAAUAUAAAAAUGCCGGCCACGGUGAACGAUUUCGUUACUGAUGGAGAUUAUUUAAUCAUAAGAGCUAAGCUAGCGCAAAGUGAAAACAACAUUUAUUCAGCCAAGGCAUGGAUGCUUACUGCAAAAACUUUAUUUCCAACCAAUUUUAAAAUACAAUUUGAAGCCUAUUUGAUGGAAAAACAAUCAGGAAAUGUUCAAGAAGCAGCAGAAUGCUUUAGUUCUCUCUUGAUGUCAAGACAAAAUGUUUCAAAAUUAUUGCCUGAAAUAUUGUCCAUUGCUAAUGCCCUUAAAUCUAAUGAGCCUAGUUUCUUAAGCCAAAUGUUUGAUAAUAUUUGUCCAGAUAUGCAAUUAACGAUUCUUAAAACUAGUGUUGAAAAUAGUGAUGAUACUAUGGAACACUGUCGCUUGCUUGUUUUACUUCUUAAAAAAUUUCCACAACUAGGUGUCGACAGUUUGGUAAAAACUUUGAUUAAUGCUGAUAAAUUCUUCUAUGAUAACAGAUAUGCUCGUUUAUUAGUGGUUGAAACCUUACCCCUUCUUAGUUCCUUGGAAUCUCCAAGAUUACUGCAACGUCUUAUGGUUAAGGCAAUAGAUUUUUAUAAUUCUUAUAUGUAUGAUGAAACUGAGAAUGACAUAACAGAUCCUUGGCAAAGGCUUUAUGGUGUAUUAGAUCUACUGGGAAGACAGCUGGGCUGGGAUACAUAUUUAGUUAACUACAGUAACAGUUUGAAUAAAGAAACAUACUUCCAAAAAUUAUUGUCAUUAAGAGGGCAUGAAGAUUGUCGUGAGCUUUUAUAUUGUGGAGUUACAUUUUUUUUGAGGUCACUUUAUGAACAAAAAUCACUUAAAGGUAACCAUAUUCUCGUUGAAGCUUUAUCAGACCCAGAUCAGCCACCAUCAAAACGAAGAAAAGGGGAUAUAGAAGUAACUGGAAUAUCUGCACAUCAGUUUCAAGCAGCAGCAAAUGCCUAUGAACUUUUAAAUAGUAAUGAACUAAUAGCUAGAGAGUUUAUGAAAUUGGUGUCACAAUUGCAAGUCAAACCAUGGACAGAAGGCUUCACUGAUGAAAUAGCACUGUACAGGGGAAGAUAUGAAGAUGCUACACCUCCAGCAACUUUAAAUAAUUUAAGUGCAAAUAUAAUAAGAGUAUCUACUAACUUUGCCCAAAAGAAAUAUUCACUUUGUAUUGAAGCUAUUUUAGCCGCUCUACCUCAGCUCCCAGCUGUAGAAGGUAUAUUGGAAACAGAUCUUAUUGUUGGAGGCAAGCAUAGACAUUUGCAUUUCUUACCAUUGACAAAAGUUGCUAUCAUGCACUAUUUUUGUACAUUACUAAUUAGAAUUCUUUUAAGUACUGGCAGUAAUGCAGAUUUGACUUAUGGACAUAUUUUAGUUCUCAUGCAGCUCGGGUGGCCACAAGAGGAGGCAAUUUUUAUCCAAAUUUUAGACAUAAUCAAACAAAAAGGUGUUUUUCAUUACCACCUUUUUUCAACAUACAUAAUUCACAUAGAUUUUCUUGAAGAGCUUAGUUUUAUUUGGAAUGAACAAGGAAAAAAUGUAGCUCUAGAUAUACUCCCAAAUUCUCAACAUUUGGGACAAAGAAGGAUUGGUACUCGUGGUGCUGAUAAAGGAGUAAAAGAAGAUUUCAAACAAGCUAUGAAAGCACAAGUUGCAAGAUGUAAUGAAUCUAUAUUGAAUUUGAUAAUACAAUUUAUUACUACUGAAAGAUCAUAUCUUCUUCAAGUCCUUUAAAUUAUUAUUAAAAUAAAUACAAG